CCUCAUUUUCCAUCGUCCUUCCUUAAAUUACCUCUCUCUCUCUCUCUCUAGAUUUCUCCUGUUUCUUUGGGUAUAUAAGAUUUGAGAGACAAGUGUGUCAGAGUUUCAGAGCUAAAUUCUCUUCUUCUUUGUCUUGGUUGGGUUUGUGUUGUGUGAUCAAGCUGGACCCCAAAUUUGUGUCAGAAACAAAAUCUUUAUCUUGUUCAUUUGUCUCCCCAUAACCCUAAUUCUAUUAUCUUCUCUUUUCGAUGUCCAUGAAUUCUAGGAGCUUAUUGCUAUCUCCAAACCCUAAUUCCCUGAAAUAUAGGUUCACUAAUGGAUUGUUGAGUGCCCUUUCGAGAAUAAACAGAAAGCAAUCUCAGCAACCCAGAUCAGCAAGAGAGAUCCGGAAACGCCAUCGUCUAAUCAAGGCUGCUGCUUAUGGAUCCAUGGCUUCUUCUGUAGGGAAUAGAAGAGCUUGGAGUCGGGCGUUGCUUUGGAAGAUUCGAAACCAGACACGCAGAGGCUAUGCAGCGAGGAGAAACAUUACCAGCAGUUCUCGUCAGUUGUCCAUGAAGAAAAGAAUAUGUGAUCUGCAGAAAGGGGAUCAAAGCAAGAACCGGGUCGAGGUUGGUGGUAUGGGCCAAGUAGAUAAGCUCCGGAGGCUUGUUCCUGGAGGUCAGAUCAUGGAUACUUGCAGCUUGUUGGAAGAGACUGCUCAUUACAUGAAGUGCCUUGUUACACAGGUAAAGGUAAUGACAAGCAUUGUGGAAAUUUACAGCCUCCCAUAGAACAGAAAGAAAGAUGAAAUGUUUGAUUAUAUAUAUUUUCUGGAUGUUAAAAAGAAAAUAAAAGAAAAGGUGGAGAAUAAAAAUGAAAAAGAGAAUAUAUACGAUGGAAGAUUAUAGUUAUCACUCUGGAAUCUGUUAAGUGUAAAAUGGAGAGAUGUGAUAUAUAUGUAUGUUACUUGUUAAGAGAUUUAUAAGUUUCUUUUUGGACAAAAUAAGAGAUUUUAUUAGUUGCCUGGGUGUA